AGCUAUGAUAAUGUAUUACAGCCACUACAAGGUGUUACGAGGGGCUACGGUUCGUGGUAUGGCGCGUGGCGUCCGUGUGGGGCAACCCGGGUGCGAGGAUGGAAUUCAUACACGGCGCCCGUAGCGGCCUCUUUUAAGUGCUUUGUCAUAAACUACGUGCCCAAUAGUCGUUUCCAAGUCUAGCCGCGUCUGCAAAGCAAUAGGACUGCUCAAGAACUCUCUCGGAGUCUCUUACACGAAGCCGCAGCUUUGCCACUGUGCUUCUCGAGCCUUGUACAAGAUAAUUGUUCAGUCUUCAGCCAGUGCUGCCCGUGAGUGCAGCUGCAAAUACUGUAUCUAUGUCACUUGUUAGCUUGUGUUGUCUUUUGCUUCCCGCUGUCUACUGUGUGUGGGACAUAUGCUUUCGCCGCUCACAGGUCUAAAGCAACGAUCUUGGUCCUGUUGUGUCACAUACAUCAAGCCUGCACGUACGGUCACAAUGGUUUUCUGCCCCGUGUGCAUCACCGCGGCACUGGUCGCCAACGCGCCCGCCAUCGCUGCUAGCAUUGGAGGGGCGGCGGCCGUAAAGAUGUGCCUCAACCAAAAGGCCAACAUGGUGAAGCCGGAGCCAAUGGAGCGCCGGCAGCGCCAGCAGCCGCGUGUUCUUGUGGACCCUGCCAAGAUCGUGCGGUAUGAUGAGCAGGAUUGGUAGGGCGCGUACGGUAGGGCACAGCCCUCGCUCAUUGUUUCAUGGACUUCUACCCUUCAAUGCCAGCACAUGCAGCUGAACGCUGGAUAGGUUAAGGCGAGUGCGGGCUUGGGAUUGGAUGACUUGCUACCGUUGGCGGCGUGAAGGGGCCAUGCAUUUCAUGCUUAUGCGGGGGCACCGGAUGCGGGAUUGGUGUCCGUGCGUCAUUGUAUGGUAGGCAUUGGGCGUGUGAUGGGACAGGGGUUAGGCAGGUUGGCGAGGUCCCGUAGGGUGCAGCUGAUGCCCAUACCCCAAGCAGACGGCAAACAGUUUGCAGCGGCAGAGGAGAAGUGCAUGGCUGGUCGAACGCCGGAGUUACUGUACCGACAAGUUGCUGGCUGGCUGGAAGUUUGCAAUUGGGAGAGCAGGUGUUGCAGAUGUGGCCGCAAUGACUUGCUGCUGUGUACUAUUACUAUCUCACAUAUCGUAUACCUACAUACUAUUGUACAAGUGUUUCUCAGGCGUGUUGUACCCAUAUGUCCCAGUUGUAUCGUGCUGUGAAGGUGACAAGCGAGUUGGGUUGUGGUGCGUGGCUAGGCGCGGACAUUACUGCUACCAGACGCAGGCAGUGCCUGAGGCAGUGGAAGAAACUUGAAGAUGUAACCAUUGGACAAC